GCGAAAAUCAUCAAAUUCAUUGAGCAGCAAUGAUGAGUCAAUGGCAUUAUGACAGGAUGCCGAGAGCAUGGAUUCAUUCCUUUGAGAAAUUAAGGAUUUUGCACCACGUCGGACUUGACCGAUUGGCGAUAGCUAUACAAUGUCAAAACGUCGUACGCAACCAGUCCUCAGCCAGAUAUCACCCACGUAUUGUGUUUAGGUAAUUCCCGCCGGCUUCACCCGAUGCCCCCUCACCCCCUGAGCAGCCAAGGACACUUUCAAACAUCACUUGAUUUGGAAAAAAAUCUCAUGCGAAGGCUAGCAAGCAUUCCAACCUAGAGCUUGAUGGUAGUCAUCUUAUACUGCAGAAGUAUCAUCCCCUUGUCUACCAGCACUGACUCGUUAAAUCCAGUCCAGGGGCCCGUUAUUGCUAUCAAAUAUUUAAAUCCCCUCAUCCGCAAACUACAACACACACCACACUCGUCUCGUCACUACCCUCAGGUCUUCAAACUCUAGCAUUUUCCCAAGAACCACACAUUACCAUACCAACCUGUCAAAAUGCCAUACUUCCCCUCCCCCACCCCCGGCCCCUCGGUCUCAAUCUACUACAUUGACGAAUCCGCCCCUUCAUCAACCCCAACCCACACCUGCCUCCUGAUCCCAGGAAUUACCUGCGACCUAUCCGACUGGUCCUGGCAAGUCCCCUUCCUCCUCUCCAAAGGCUUCCGGGUCAUCACCCCUGACCCCCGCGGACAGGGCCGCUCCUCCGCUCCCCCUACCGCUGUCGAUGAAGGGAUUUACACGCCCGAGAAUCUGUCCUCCGAUUUAUCCGCUCUGCUCGCCCACCUUAACAUCACCUCCAACGUCAUCGUCAUCGGUCACUCGUUGGGAACCUGUACGUCAGUCCACCUCGCUGCUACCAACCCAGACCUGGUGGUAGGGUUAGUCCUACUAGACCCCCUGCAUUCCAUGUCCUCCGCCACGUGUGACGAGCUGUUCUCCGACCCAGCAACAACGAUGCAAAACCUGAUGGUGAACUUUGCGGCUAAAGGGCUGGUUCCUGUUCCACCGCUGGGGCCGGAGUGGGAUUGGCAUACGACUUGGAUUCAAAGGAGGGGGAUGGCGAUGGACCCAAGCAGUAUUGGUGCGAUGACAUAUGCCUGCUGGACGAACAAGAAUGGACUGGGCAGGAAGGAGGUGGCGAUGGAGUUGUCCAAGGGGGCCAAGGCGAAGAGGCUGACGCUGGGGUGUAAUGAGUAUUGGGUUGGGACGGACAGGGAGAUGGGGGUUGAGACGGUGACCAUGGAGGGGGUUGGGCAUUGGUUUCAUCAUGUGAAGGCGCAGGAGACGAAUAAGAUUUUGGAGGGGUGGUUGGAGAGGGAGGGGUUUUGCUGAUGGUUUGAAAGGGGAUGAUGGGGUGUGGUUUAGAUGGGGGUUGUAUGAUAGUGUAAGAUGAUCUCUGCUCAUGACACGUACUGGAAUGAAUCACAAUCAAAUGAGUUAAAGACGGAAGGAACGGUGGAUAAGCACGGAAGGAACUACGCAAGAAGAUGGAAAGAGCGGUACAGGAAGACAGGAUGCUGUCAAAAUAACGCUAUAUAUUGCUGCUAAUUACACCACACGUCCACUGUCCCAAACAAAAGCUAACAUCCAAC